AGAUGGUGACAGCAAAAUGAUAGAUUCAUUUUAUACGGCAUAAUAAAACGUUAUCGAAAUAUGAACGUCUGACAUGACUAAACGAUAAAUAGUUUUAUAGUUCAUGUGUCAUACAUUAAAAUGAAAUGUUAUCGCUGAUAAAUAGUUACAAAUAGAUACGCACACGCUAAAUAUAUGUACCGUUGUAACGCAUAUUUGGAAGCGUAACUCUGUCCUGGUACUGUAUCUAUGACGUAGCGUUGAAUGUAAUAUGAGCGUUGUUUGGAUGUGCGCAACUUAACGGAACUGCACUAUAGCUGAGUUAAUGUCACAGUUUUUUCGUACACGGGAAUGCACACUGGUCAAAGGGCACCUGAAGCCAGGAAGAGAGAGAGCAGAAGGUGUAACAAAUAGGUGUAACAAGAUGGGAAACUACGCAAUAAGGAUGUGGCAGUGCAGACAUCUAGCUCUUUUAUUCUAUGUAAUGUUGGUUAUCUUCGACGUGGGUGCAACAGCCCCUAGUUCACAGAAUACUACCUGUGGAUAUCAAUCUUGCCCAGAAGAAAAGCCGGGCUAUAUAAAUGUGCACGUGGUGUGCCAUACACACAACGACGUUGGAUGGCUUCAGACUAUUGACCAGUACUACCAGUUGUCCGUCAAAAGGAUUAUUUCAUCAGUAGUCCAGAGUCUUCAGAAAGAUCCAAACAGAAGAUUCACCUAUGUCGAAACCGCCUUUUUCUGGCGAUGGUGGCAACACCAAACUCUUGAGAUUCAAGAGAUUGUUAGAACACUUGUGAAUUCAGGGCAGUUGGAAUUUGCAGGGGGAGGCUGGACAAUGAAUGAUGAAGCUGUAACACAUUAUUCAGGAAUUAUUGACCAAAUUACUCUUGGUUUGAGAUGGCUAAAUGAUACAUUUGGUCAGUGUGCUUUACCUAGAGUUGGAUGGCAGAUAGACUCGUUUGGGCAUUCCCGGGAGCAUGCUUCUCUGUUGUCACAGAUGUUUUUUGAUGGGUUGUUUCUUGGAAGAAUUGAUUACCAAGAUAUCAAGAACAGAAGAGCAACAAAAACAAUGGAAUUCCUAUGGAAAGUUAGCCAGAGUUUGGAGGGUGCUCGAAGCUACUUAUUUACUGGAGUUUUACCCAAUGUCUACUGGCCUCCAAAAGGGUUCUGUUUUGACGUGAAAUGUGCAGAUCCUCCAAUCACGGACCUGAAUGGAAAAAUGAAGGCAUACCAGUUUAAAGAUACAAUUAUGUCACAGGCGACACAUUACACAACGAACCAUCUGGUGGUUACCAUGGGAAUGGACUUCUAUUAUGAGGCUGCAGAGAAGUGGUACCAAAGUCUCGACAAACUUAUGUACUACGUUAACAACAUGCAAGCUACAGGCAGUAGGGUGAACAUGUUUUAUUCUACACCGGCCUGUUAUCUCAGAAGUCUUAACCAGACAAACGUCCACUGGAGUGUUACUGCAGAAGACUUCUUUCCCUACGCUGACAGAGUUCAUAGCUACUGGACUGGCUACUACACAAGUCGACCUAGCCUUAAGCUUUAUGCAAGAGAAGCCAACACGUUUUUACAGGCCUGUAAGCAGCUUUCUACAUUAUCUGGAGUACAAAAUGAUGACAUUAUCUUCUUAAAACGAGCUGUAGCUGUCCUGCAACAUCAUGACGCAAUAACAGGCACUGAACAAGAACAUGUAGCUAAAGACUACAUCAAACAGCUGUACUUUGGGAUUGAGAAAUGUCAGGAGAUAAUUGGAGAAUCCCUGAAGACCCUUCAAUUUGGUAACGCUAGUGUAGAUGGAGGUUACAAAUACUGUGAAAACCUAAAUGAAAGCAGCUGCUACGUGACUGAAUACAAUGAAAAAGUUAUUGCUGUGAUAUACAAUCCCUUAGGAAAGACUGUGAAGCAUUAUGUUAGAUUUCCAGUUUACGGACAAAUGUACCAGGUCUUAAACGAGAAAGGAACGUCCAUACAACACCAGAUAGAUCCAAUCCCUCUACCGGUACAAAAUCUUCCGGGCAGAAAGAGCAACACCUGGCGAGAGUUGUUAUUUCAAACCGAACUUCCACCUCUUGGAUUUAAUACCUACAUCAUCAGGGAGAUUCACGAUUAUGUGCCCGUCGUUGACCACAACAGUGGAAUUUUUAGCCAGACAGAACAUGACGUCACUCUUGGGAACGAGUUGCUGCAAGUGAUCAUUGAUAGAAAUAGUGGACUUUUAAAAGCGAUGGUUCUGGAAAAUGAAACAUACAACAUACGCCAGUCAUUCUACUGGUACGAAGGCCAACCAGGUUUCGGCAGAGAAAAGGCUUCUGGUGCUUAUGCCUUUAAUCCUAUUUCUAAUCGGGCCUUAGACUUGUCUGGUAACACCACCUUUCGGAUUGUAAAGGGGGAUAUUGUGGAGGAACUGCAGCAGACCUUUACACCUUGGUUAAGCCAAGUUAUUAGGAUUUAUAAGGGGGUGAAGCAUUUGGAAUUUGAAUGGGUGGUAGGCCCUAUACCAGUUGGUGAUUGGCGGGGAAAGGAGAUUGUUAGCCGAUUUGAAUCAGACUUGGAGAGCAACGGAACGUUCUACACGGAUUCCAACGGUAGGGAGACGAUGCAACGAAUCCGUAAUUUCCGUCCCACGUGGUCACUAAACGUUUCAGAACCUGUUUCCGGUAACUAUUAUCCUGUAACAGCGUGGAUUUACAUUAAGGAUCCAUUACGGAAUCUUCAGCUUACUAUUCUGCCUGAUCGCGCAGAGGGCGCUACCAGUCUUUAUGACGGAGUUCUUGAAUUAAUGGUCCAUAGAAGGUUGCUUUAUGAUGAUGUAUAUGGAGUAAGUGAACCUUUAAACGAACGCGGAAUUGAUGGAAAGGGUCUCGUAGUGCGAGGAAAACAUUAUUUGCUCCUCGGAUCAAUAGAUGGCGCUGUUUUGGAAAUGAAGGAUUUAGCUCAAAGAGCUUUGAUGAAACCAGUAAUUACCUUUUUUCAAGCUAAUUUCACGGACAACGAUGUCGAAGAACCAGAAACAUUAGCAUUUGAAAGAAAGUUUUCAGGACUACAAGAUGAACUUCCAUCUAACAUACACCUACUUACGCUAGAAAGGUUGGAGAAAAAUAAAAUACUUCUCCGGCUGGAGCAUUUUCAUGAGAAGGACGUGACUUCAGAAUUGUCUCAGGCUGUCAAUGUUUCUCUAGUGAAUUUGUUUCAACCAUUUCAAAUCAUGGAAAUCCGCGAGAUGGUGCUGUCAGCAAAUCAGUACUUGGAUGAAGUUAGCAGGAUGAGAUGGACUGUGGCCAACGAGAGCAGCACUCAACACGACGAGCCAGUUCAGUCUCUUGAGCCAGCCAACUUUACUGUCACUCUCUUACCGAUGGAAAUACGAACUUUCUUGGCAACAAUUUCGGUUAAUCCUCCUGAUAUGGAAAUUCCUUCUGUCAUGAAUAAACUAUCAUGAAGAAUAUAGUGGCAAGAGUUAGCGUUAUCUUCAUGGCUAGGUCAUUGAACUGAAAUAUCCAUCCUUUGCAUCAAAGAGUAACAUAAUUAUGUAACUUCACAAGUCUGUCUAUUCAGCAGCAUGUACUGUAUGAGUCAUUUCCAUUUUGUUUUCAAAAAAGAAAAUGAAUAAUUUUCUGCAUUAUAAUGUGGAAAGUUAUUAUUACUAUAACACACCUUUCGUCCAAAGAAUUUACAACUAUAUAAUUACACAUAAUUAUAAUUACAUUUUCACUAUAAUAUUAAGCGAAUGUACAAAUUUUUAUUCACAAUAUCUUUAUUUUCAGUUUAUUUGCAUGCUCCUAUAUAUAUUAUUUUGUGUGUGUCGCUAGAUCAUCAGCGCGGUGAUCGUGUUCCCGAUAUUUUUAUACUUAUAGCUGGAGCAAGAGUUAUUCAAAUAUCGAUGUACUUUUAACGAGCGACUAGGCUUAUGCUAACGACAGUGAGGGCUGUGUUAUUGCGCUUCUUAUUCCAGUUGUGGUGAGUCGUUCAUCAUUUCGAUUGCCAUUUGCUGGCAGAAUUGUUGGGGAAAACAGUCAACAACCCUGCAUCCUUUGCAGAUUACAUUUCAAUCUCACCCCACCCUAAAAAUAAAAGUGAAAGGUAUUUACCGUACCCCGCUAGAAUCACAGAAAAAAUGAUAAUUUUGUGACAUCGUGAAAUAAAUGUAUUACUGAUUCACAGCAUCAAUCGCUAGUGCAUGAUGUUACCACUAGAUGGCAAUUUGAAGUAGGUAUGAGAACGCUGAAAAACUAUAAUUCGUUAAGGACCACCACAUCACAGUAAUCAUUAUUAACGGUUUUGUAGUUCAAAUGAAAAGCAUAAUUAAUUAGUGUUUAUUUAUCAGCUCUAAAUAUCUACAACUGCAUGUUUUCCCAUAAUAUUUAAUGUUAGAAGUCAUGGUUAGUGAAUUAGAAAUUGUUACUAAUAUAAUUAGUUCGAACACGGAGAAAUCUCGAUAGUAUCUACUAUUUAAAUUGCAACCGUCGUUAAACUGUAGAAACUUUAUUAAAUGUCGGCAAUAAGCAUCUCUUACAACUAACAUCGCCACAUCGAAGACAAUUAAUCACGAACACGUAUAAAAUAUUUGUUUUAUACAUCUCGUUAUACUGGUUAUGGUGCACUUCUCUAACAUGUCACUAGUUGUCGCGUACGCUGCAAAUUUGAAUACAUCUUCUUCAAUUACGUGAGAAAGAAAAAUAUUCGAUGUUAAGAAACAAUAAAUAUAUAUAUAUAUAUACUGUGCAUAUGAUAUUAAUAUCACACUGAUUUUUAUAUUUGGACUAAACAUAUAUAUGUGGCGAGUCAGAUGUGCCCAAUAAAAUAAUAUUUAAGGGGAAUAUAAUGAUUAGUACUUGUGUUAAUCGAGUUCGUGUUUAACAAAUUAGCUCAUGCAUUUUACAACACUGCAGGUUUUGUUUGUAUCAAAACAUAAGAGAGUGAUUGUGUUAGACAUAUCUGUUAUUAUAAUAGAUUUACGUUUUUUUGAAUAUUACAUUUCUUAAAACUUGGAGCGUAUAUGUAUGCUUUAGAAAUAUUAAACACUGAGUGAAUAAAAAUAAUUUUGUAAGCAGGC